AUGAUGGCCCGUGCAACAGUUGCGGGUGCGGCUCAAAUACACGUACCCCUCCUUCCAUACCUACCUAGGUAUGGUUAUGUCACAGCGACUAAGAUGGCUGGAAGAGCCCCGCACACUCCGCCUCAGGGCUCCGGCUCCGGCUCCGGCUCUGUCACCGGGGCCGGGCUGUCGGCGGCGUUUUCGGCACCGGACAUGCCACAACAGUACGGUGUUGCACUCCAGCUCAAUAUGGAUGGUUAUGUUACACACGAGAUUGAAGAAGCAUAUCGUCUAAACGCCGUGCACAGCACUGCUAGCGCUACACCUGCGACGCCAGUACCUGUACCAGUGAUGGAGGCACAACGAACCGCAGGAACUUCUGAUAACGUCUAUUCUCACCGCUCGACACAGCGCUACAAACAUAAACCCUUCAUCUCGCACUACUGGGACUGCCGUAUGAAAGGCCGCCCCCCGGGAACACCAAAGUCCGAUGACCCAAACAAGAAGAAGCGUAAGCGUACCUCUCGUCAGCGUGAUCUGUGCGAUGUGAAGAUCAAGAUCACUGAGCAUUUUCCCGGCGCGGAUUCAGAACUUGGCGAUAUCAGCCUUCCCGGUGUUGAUCUGGCGGGUCAACGCUUAUGGACAAUACAAAGAGUUAAUGGAAACGGAGGCAAUGGUAAAGGCGACGGCGUGGCUGGACCGCACAAGCAUACGCUGCAGAGGAGUGACGAGAUAAAAAAGAGCAGUGUACAACGGUAUUUGGCGAAGCAAGGCGAUAGUGUGAGCAAGGCAAAUGAGAAGGUUAAAGGGCAGUCCGAUAUAAAGGCUACAGGAGCUGCACUUGCAACUAUCAGAAAGCACGCAAAGGACAGCAAUUUCAAAUUCUAUGCCGCAUGUUUUUGUCCAUUCUCACAACGCGCCUGGAUCGCUCUAGAAGCAAAAGGCAUGCCAUACCAAUAUUGCGAAACGGACCCUUUUCGCAUUCCUGAAGAACCCAUCUUGGCCAACCCCCGCGACUGUGUACCGAUAAUAAAACACGGCGACUGGACAUGCUCAGACAGCACAGUGAUGCUGGAGUAUCUUGAAGAUAUGGGACAGGGACCGCCGCUUCUUCCUUCAGAUCCUAAAUCAAAGGCCAAAUGUCGCUUCUGGAUAGGCCAUGUAAGAGGUGUCUAUCCCGAGUCGGACAGAAAUUGA